AAUCUAUUGUCUCACAUUAUUUGCUCCUUCUGUGUUGAUCUUUUGAUUUUGGCUGCUCUUUUCAGAAAUCAUGGCCGAUCCUGGGAAAAUUGGCUAUCCAGGCCCGCCUCCAGCUCAAGCUCAGUAUCCCGCUUAUCCUCCUUAUUACUCUCAGCAGCAGCAGUAUGGCCAACAAACACCAUAUCCAUCAUCUUACAACCCCCAGCAAGCUCCCUAUGAACAGCAGGCUCAAAAUUACCCGAAAGUUGAUUUUCAAGGACCUCAAAUUCAGGAUGCCACAAGAGGACCAGUUUACCAACCAGGAGAACAAAGAGAUCUGGAAGCGAUGCCUGAAGGUUACGGCCUCUCGUUUGGGAAUCAGGCUGUGCGACGGGCCUUUGUGAGGAAGGUUUACAGCAUUCUCAGUCUUCAGCUCCUGACCACUUCGGCAUUCAUAGCCAUGUUUGUUUUCAAGUGA